AUGGCAUUCGUUCCCAUCUCCAAGUGUUUUGGCAUCGACAUCGAAUGGAAUAAGCCGAAAAAGUUCAGUAACGCCGCCGCCGAGAAGACUUGGAUGGAAAAGGCUCACUUGGAGGCCGAGGAUAUAAAGCUGGGUCUGGAGUGCGGUCGGUUGAAGCCAGGCGACAUGCCCGGUAGAAUAAUUGUGGAGCCGAAGCAAAUGCUGGUUUCAAGGAUCGAGUCCAAGCGUUUCGAAAAGCAGUUGCUUGACCACGAGGCGGCUUUACUCACGGAACGCGAUUUCGUGAAUCUUUUCAAUCAGCUGGGGAAAUCUUUGGCAUCCCGGAAUCCAGACAACUGCUUAAAGAUCCUCGAUCAGAUAAAGAAGAUGCAGCCUACCAAAUUAAUGCUUAUUCGUAAUCCGGAAUACGUUCAAAAUAUCCGAGCGCUGUGUGUAUUUGCGGCCAAAGAGGAGGAGUUGAAGGAAGAUUAUCUGGUCAUUCGCCAAGAGUCCACUGAAUUAUAUAACGACUUCAUGAAAAUUUUUGGCCUUGAGCCCGGCCCGGAAGACAAGUUUUGGGAAUACUUCUCUGAGCAAGUCGAGGUCUUCAAAACCACAACGAAAGAUAUGAAAGAGAUCUUUCGCACCAGCUUAAGUGAGCAGACAUACCAACGACUUCUGGACUCAAAGAAGACAUCCACAUCUGCCUCGCCCAGUCAGCCUGAUAAGAUCGAAAUGAUUAACUAA